GCUAAACAUCCGGGCUAAGUGCGGUAUAGUGGGGAAGAUGGCGGUGUUGGUGCUACCAGCUGAUUGGAUCAGAAACUGGGAAAAAUCCGGAAAAAAUGAGUUUUUACAGUUAUGUCGGAAACUUGCAGAAAGUAAACCAAAUGAUGACGUGACAUUAAGAGAUAUCCAGUCUGCUCUGUAUGAGCUGGCUUGGCAGGUCAUUAAAGGCAAUCUCAAACUUGAUCAGGCUGCUAGCGUACUUAAUGAUGUAAUGGAAUUCCGAGAAGAUAUGUCGUCAAUUUUAGCUGAUGUCUUCUGCAUUUUAGAUAUAGAAACAGGUUGCUUGGAAGAAAAAAAUAAGCGAGAACAUUUUACCCAGUUGGUUGGAGCAUGUUUGUUCCUGGUAUCGGACACGGUGCUCAAGGAGAGGCUCGAUCCUGAGACUCUGGAAUCCCUCGGACUCAUCAAGCAAGCCCAGCAGUUUAAUCAGAAAAUUGUCAAAAUAAAAACCAAACUAUUUUAUAAGCAACAGAAAUUUAACUUGCUGAGAGAAGAAAAUGAAGGCUAUGCAAAGUUGAUAACUGAGCUGGGUCAAGACUUGUCCGGGAAUAUCACCAGUCGUUUAGUCCUUGAAAACAUCAAGUCUCUGAUAGGAUGUUUUAAUUUGGACCCGAACCGUGUGUUGGACAUCAUCCUUGAAGUCUAUGAAUGUAGAUCCGAUCAAGACGAAUUCUUCGUACCUCUUAUUAAAUCUUAUAUGUGUGAAGCACAAACACUGUGUCACAUCUUGGGAUUUAAAUUUAAAUUUUAUCAGGAACCAAACGGGGAGACGCCCUCGUCGCUUUAUCAUGUCGCUGCCGCACUGCUCCAGCAUAGCUUGAUUGAGCUGGGGGAUCUCUACGUGCAUCUGCUUCCUAUGGAUCCCAGUAUCCUGGAGGAACACAAGCGGGAGAUUACGGAAGCCAAGCAGAUCGCCCGGAAGCUCACUAUGGUUGUGGUGCCUUCUGAAAAGACAGACGAGAAGGACAAAGAAAAAGAGAAGGAGGAGGAAAAGAACGAAAAGCCCCCCGAUAACCAGAAGCUUGGGCUCCUGGAAGCUUUAUUGAGGAUUGGUGACUGGCAACACGCACAGAGUAUCAUGGACCAGAUGCCUCCGUUUUAUGCCGCAUCCCAUAAGUCUGUAGCUGUCGCUCUUUGUCAGCUGCUUCAUAUUACCAUCGAACCCUUAUACCGAAGAGCUGGGGUCCCUAAAGGCGCCAAAGGAGCUCUCAAUCGGCCACUGAAAAGCAAGCAAGCUCCCAAGCCUGCUGAGGCGUUUGAGGAUCUGAGGAAGGAGGUGUUCACCAUGCUCUGCUACCUGGGCCCUCAUCUCUCCCAUGACCCCGUCUUAUUUGCAAAGAUUGUGCGCCUGGGCAAAGGAUUCAUGAAAGAGUAUCAGACUGACAAACAAGAGGACAAGGACAGAAUGGACACACUGUUGAGCUGCUUUCUCAGUAUAACGGACCAGGUUUUACUCCCCUCUCUCACACUAAUGGACUGUAAUGCCUGUAUGUCGGAGGAGCUGUGGGGAUUUUUCAAAAUGUUUCCUUACCAGCACAGGUAUCGUCUUUAUGGACAGUGGAAAAAUGAAACCUACAACAGUCAUCCUCUGCUUGUAAAAGUCAAAGCCCAAACGGUUGACAGAGCCAAAUAUAUUAUGAAGCGACUGACCAAGGAAAAUGUGAAGCCGUCUGGAAGACAGAUUGGAAAGCUGAGCCAUAGCAACCCAACCAUUCUCUUUGAUUACAUGUUGUCUCAGAUCCAGUGGUAUGACAACCUCAUAACGCCUGUUGUCGAUUCUCUGAAGUAUCUCACUUCACUGAACUACGAUGUCUUGGCUUAUUGCAUUAUUGAAGCGCUGGCUAAUCCUGAGAAGGAGAAAAUGAAGCAUGAUGACACCACCAUUUCUGCCUGGCUACAGAGCCUUGCAAGUCUUUGUGGUUCUGUUUUCAGAAAGUACCCGAUAGAGCUGGCAGGUCUCCUUCAGUAUGUGACAAAUCAGCUUAAAGCUGGGAAAAGUUUUGAUUUGCUAAUUCUCAAAGAAGUGGUUCAGAAAAUGGCUGGGAUUGAAAUUGCAGAUGAGAUGACACAAGAACAACUUGAGGCCAUGACUGGUGGGGAACAGUUAAAAGCGGAGGGUGGCUAUUUUGGACAGAUCCGGAACACCAAGAAAUCAUCACAGAGGCUGAAGGAUGCUCUCCUGGACCAUGAGCUGGCUCUCCCACUCUGUCUGCUCAUGGCCCAGCAGAGGAAUGGAGUCGUCUUUCUGGAGGGGGGAGAGAAGCAUCUCAAACUUGUUGGGAAGCUCUACGAUCAGUGUCACGAUACGCUUGUACAGUUUGGAGGAUUUUUAGCAUCCAAUCUCAGCACAGAAGAUUACAUAAAGCGAGUGCCGUCCGUCGACAUCCUCUGUAACCAGUUCCACACGCCUCAUGAUGCAGCAUUUUUCUUGUCAAGGCCCAUGUACGCACACCAAAUACUGUCUAAAUACGACGAGCUGAAGAAGACUGAAAAGGGAAACCGGCAGCAGCAGAAAGUCCACAAGUACAUCGCGGCCUGCGAUCUGGUGAUGGCUCCUGUCCACGAUUCAGUGGUCUCCCUGCACCCCCCCAAGGUCUGGGAUGACAUCAGCCCUCAGUUCUAUGCCACGUUCUGGUCACUCACGAUGUACGACCUCGCUGUGCCACACAAUGCCUACGACAGGGAGGUCAGCAAACUCAAGGUUCAGAUGAAAGCCAUUGAUGAAAAUCCAGAAAUGCCCCCAAACAAGAAAAAGAAGGAGAAGGAGAGGUGUACUGCACUUCAGGACAAGCUUCAAGAGGAGGAGAAGAAGCAGCUGGAGCAUGUCCAGAGAGUCCUGCAGAGGCUGAAACUGGAGAAAGACAACUGGCUUUUAGCAAAAUCAACUAAGAACGAGACAAUCACAAAGUUCCUCCAACUGUGCAUAUUUCCUCGCUGCAUUUUCUCUGCCAUCGAUGCAGUGUACUGUGCCCGCUUUGUGGAGCUCGUGCACCAGCAGAGAACACCCAACUUCUGCACCCUCCUGUGCUAUGACAGGGUUUUCUCUGACAUUAUCUACACUGUGGCAAGCUGCACAGAGAAUGAAGCCAGGCGCUAUGGGCGCUUCCUCUGCUGCAUGCUGGAUACUGUGACGAGGUGGCACAGCGACAGAGCCAUCUACGAAAAGGAGUGUGGAAAUUACCCAGGGUUUCUCACCAUUCUGCGGGCAACUGGUUUCGAUGGAGGAAACAAGGCAGACCAGCUGGAUUAUGAAAACUUCCGCCAUGUUGUCCACAAGUGGCAUUAUAAAUUAACUAAAGCUUCGGUGCACUGCUUGGAGACUGGCGAAUACACCCACAUCCGGAAUAUCCUGAUUGUGCUCACCAAGAUCCUGCUGUGCUACCCCAAAGUGCUGAACCUGGGGCAAGCCCUGGAGCGCAGGGUGCACAAGAUCUGCCUGGAGGAGAAGGAGAAGAGGCCUGAUCUUUAUGCGUUGGCUAUGGGCUAUUCUGGGCAGUUGAAAAGCAGGAAACCGUACAUGGUCCCCGAGAACGAGUUCCACCACAAAGAGCUGCCAGUGAGGAGUACCGGCCCUACCGUGGUGCAGAACGGACCGGGUAGCACUGGCAAGCCUGCGUCCGCCACCAGCACCGGCAAACCCGAGGAGGGAGCCUCCGAGGAGAACGAAAAAUCCAAGGAGAAGUCUCAGAGUGCUGUGAAAGCUGCAAGCAAAACCAACAAUACGACACCAAAGGUGACCACCAGCAAUGGAAAUGGUGCUACAAAUAGCACAAAGUUAAUCAAGGAGAAGGAAGACAAAGAUAAAAGCGGGAAGGAAAAAAAUAAGGAGAAGAAAGAGAAAACACCAGCUGCCACUCCAGAGGCCAAAGCCCCGGGGAAGGAGAAACAGAAAGAAGAGAGGCCAGGCAAAGAGGAUAAGACCCGGGAGACCAAGGAGAAGACCCCCAAAUCCGAGAAAGAGAAGUUCAAGAAAGACGAGAAGGCCAGUAAGGACGACAAAGCCAAGGCGAGCAGCGGCGAGUCGAAGUCGUCUGCCGAGAAGGAGCUGUCCAAGGAGACCAAUGUAGCCAAGGAAGCCAAAACUAAGGAGAGCAGUAAAGGAGAGAAGGCAGCUGUGGCUGGGUCCUUGAAGUCGCCCGUUCCCAGGUCCGAAUCCUCAGAGUCCGAGAGGGAACAAAAGCGACGCAAACUUGAUACCCACUCUUCACCAUCACAUUCCUCCACUGUUAAGGACAAUCUCAACGAACUCAAGGAUUCAGCCACAAAGCACUACACCAACCACAGCACAGCCACACUAUCCAAGAGCAAAGAGAGGGAGGUGGAUAAGAAAGAUAUGGAGAAAUCCAGGGAUCGAUCGAGAGAAAGAGAAAAGAAGGAGCGGAAACGAGAUCAUUCAAACAGUGACCGUGAAGUGGCUCAAGAAUUAAAACGCCGGAAAGAUGAAAAUGGAACAAGCUCUUCAAAGCACAGCAAGAGCGAAAGCCCAUCCGAUUCCCCACAACCCAACGAGAAGGAAAAGGAAAAAAGCAAAAGCUCAAAAUCAUCUAGCAAAGAAAAAAGUGAUUCAGCCAAACCGGAGAAGGGUUCAUCUGCCGGCAAAAAGGAGUCAAGACACGAUAAAGAGAAAGCUGAAAAGAAAGAGAAGAGGGAAAGCACUGGAGCGAAGGAAGACAAAAAACACCAUAAAUCAUCAGACAAGCAUAGAUAAUGUAUGUUGAUUGCAGCCAUCAAGAUGGAAUAUGCCGUCGGCUGCCACAGUCCCUGAUUUUACUAAAAUGCACCUGGAUGCUGUGGAGUUAGGCUUUUAUUGUUUUUCCUUUUUGUACGGAUCACCGUGAAAACAGAGGACCCAGCUCAAGUAUAACUUGUUUAUUUACUGGCUGCGCAAGUAUUCUUUGUUGUUUUGCCCAAAAAAUAAAAAUUGUGUGUUUGUGUCUUUUUAAGCAGAUCUUUUUUGUUAUGUUCCUGUGUAUUUUCAGUAAACCUGUACUAUGAGCACAAUAUGCUGCAAACAAGACAAUGUAAUUGAGUUCAGACUGUUCCUACAGAUUUUCCACAGCCCAGCCUGUGCUUUUAUGAAUUCCCUGCAAAUGGAAAAGCAUUUGUGUUUGUUGUCAGUGUUUCCCCAUUACAAAUAUACUUAUUUUUGCAUUUAUCUCGUUUGGGCUCCAUUUUAUUUAUUUUUUAUUUUGAAGCCAUGUAUACUUAGCAGUAGCUCUGUUUCAGAUUUUGAAAAUGGUCUAUUUGUAUAUUAUGUAUACAAUAAUAAAAUGGUUGCCUGUAAUUAAAAUCAGAUUAUUUGUUAGUUUCAUUUCAAAUGUUCCUUGAAUUUUUUUUUUUUUUUUGUGUGUGUGUGUGUGCGUGUUUUUAAAUGAAUUGUAUAAAAGUUGAAUAACUUGAUGACACAAAUAGAAGUAUGGCUUGUAUAACUGCAGAUUUGUAUUGCCAACAUUUAGUCAAAGUUUCAGAAUUACUUUUUAGCAAUUUUUAUCUGCUGUAUUCUGCCAGUGUAAGCUUUUUUUUUUUUUCCUAAUAAAAAGUUUUCUCAGUGGGUCAUAAA